AAUGUCGUGUUUACUUCAUCAGCUGCUCUUCCCUUGAUCACACACACCAACACACACUCAUUCACGUAUCCCACGUCUCAGCUCUUCACUUCUCCUUCAAUCCAUGCCCAGAUUCUCCAGAUUUUCCUCAUCUUCCCUUUAGUCGCCCCCGAAUCAAGAAAUGGCGGCUCGAAUUAUCUCUAACGUGGAUAGCAAUUUCCUCAGCUUUUCAUAUGGAACAAGCAUUAAAACUCCAAUUCCAAGAACUCAGCCGUUGAUCGGGUUUCCCUUCAAGAAAAGAUUGAAUUUUGAGGCUCUUUGCAGCAUUAAAGAGAGAGAGAGGGAGCGCGAAAUUGCCGCAGAGAAGCAAGGCUUAGCAAGUGGGGUCGUAGUGGAUGACGAGCUCAAGCGGAAGGAAGGUGUUGGGGGAGAGGGGUUUGAUUUGAAUUGGCCGCCUUGGAAGAAUCUGCCUCAGAGAUACAAGCUCAUUGGGACUACAUCCCUAGCCUUCGUUAUUUGCAACAUGGAUAAGGUAAAUUUGAGUAUUGCUAUAAUUCCAAUGUCGCAUCAAUUCGGUUGGAAUGCUUCUGUGGCUGGAUUGGUGCAGUCGUCUUUCUUCUGGGGCUAUGCUCUUAGUCAGUUGCCUGGUGGUUGGCUUUCAAAAAUAUUUGGUGGGAGAAGAGUUCUCGAAGUGGGCGUCCUGGUGUGGUCAUUGGCCACAGCAAUGGUUCCUCUACUUGCUGGCUUUAUGCCAGGACUUGUUUUGUCCAGGGUUUUGGUUGGGAUAGGAGAAGGUGUCUCACCAUCUGCUGCAACUGAUAUGAUUGCUAGGACUGUACCAAUAGAAGAACGGUCGCGUGCAGUUUCAUUUGUUUUUGGUGGUUUAAGCUUUGGAAGUGUCUUGGGUUCAAACUGCAGGCUUGUUUUGGCUCCUCCACUAAUCGAGAAUUAUGGCUGGGGAUCUGUAUUUUACAUUUUUGGCUCUCUGGGUAUAGCAUGGUAUUUGAUAUUUCAGGUUAUUAAAGAAGAUAAUCUCCCUUUUGCAGCUUCUCACCAAUCAUGGCCUCAGACUGUCCCUAUGACCAAGUCAUGGACUUCCACUUUGCAAGAUUUGGGCGGCUCACUGACGGAUGUACCUUGGAAGGAAUUUUUCAAAUCUAAAGCUGUAUGGGCGAUGAUAUAUACUCAUUUUUGUGGAAGUUGGGGGCAUUAUUGCUGCUUAUCCUGGCUUCCAACUUACUUCAGUGAGGAGCUGGACCUUGACCUGACAGAAGCUGCAUGGGUCUCAGUUCUUCCUCCACUAGCAUCAAUCUUUGUGACCAGCAUUGCAUCCCAAUUGGCUGAUUACUGGAUAUCGAACGGGGUUGAAACGACAGUGGUUCGAAAGGUUUGCCAAACGAUUGCUUUCCUGUCUCCUGCAACUUGCAUGAUUCUUUCUUCUUUGGACUUAGGGCUGAGUCCAUGGCAAGUUGUAGCUAUUCUUACGAGUGGUUUAGCACUGUCAAGCUUUGCUUUAUCAGGACUAUACUGUACCCACCAAGACAUUUCGCCAGAAUAUGCAAGUGUCCUUUUGGGAAUUACCAACACCGUUGGAGCUGUACCUGGAAUUGUUGGUGUUGCUCUUACUGGCUAUCUUCUCGACACAACUCACUCAUGGGGAAUGUCGCUGUUUGCUCCAUCAAUCUUCUUUUACCUUACUGGCACAGUUGUAUGGUUGGCAUUAGCUAGCAGUAAACCACAGAGCUUCUCGAAGAGUGAUUAACUCCAUCGUUGCGAAGUCUCCCAUCAUCCUGUUCAGAAGUAUUUUUUAUCUGAACAGCAAUUUUGUGCUGUAGGUUUGAUAACCUAGGUUACAUAUUUCCACAUUUUUCACUCUACAUCAAGAUCGUCCAUAUUAGGCUUUUCCACAUUUCAUUAGCCAUUAUUGGUUGCAGAAUUAAUGUCAAUGUAUAAUUUGUAUAGCUCUUUAUGAUCAUUGCUUGUAAGACUACAUUUCUAUAUGGUAGGAUAAUAUCAAAUCCAGAUUAAUGCUGCA